AUCUUGACCAAAUUCGACACUCUCGUUGCCCCUCAUAACAAACAAAAAAAGAAUACUCACUUGACACUUGGUCUGCUUAACGCUAUAAAUCUGGGCGGAGUCGAACCUCCCGCUUCGCCUCUUUCCUCUCUGCUUGUGUUUAGCGGGUAAACGUGCCCUGGCUGCCAUCGAACCUCAAAAUGACGAAAUUACAGUUUCUAAAUGUAUAUUUGACAGAAAGGUUGAUGUUAGCUGCCCAAGAUAUAUAUAAGCAAGUGGAAGAGACCAUAUUAGAAUACAAGGAGGAAAUAUUCCAGGGAAAGCGAGAGAAUGAUAAACUGAGACGGAAGCUUCACGAAAAUGGGAUUCCAUGGCCAGACCUAGAGCCAUUUUCUCCUGUAGAAUCUGAGGAGGAGGAGGAGGAGGAGGGAGCCAUUGGGCAUAAGCAGGAACCAAACCCCGGACAGACUUUGGAGAAACAGGACGGAAUGGCCAGAAGGGAGGAAAAGCUGUUUAGGGGACUGGCCCCUCUGUCUAGAUUCACUCCUUCUAAUGGAAAUGAUGACUAUGAUCAGAACCCACCUCAACCCACCUCACAUCAGUUCCAAAUACAAACUCACACUGGGAAGACUAUAGAGGGAGGCUUUCUAUCAAGCUCAACAACCUCCAAUCCAAUCAAAACAGAGACUGAUAGAUUGGGCGUCUGUCCAUUGGAUGAUCCAUCAAGUGACCCAAAUACUUUCUCUUCAGGGAACCUCGACCUUUUGGCAGCACAGAGUGAGAACAGUGUAAGUAUGAUGGGGGUGGAAGGUGGUGACGAACUACUGUCAGGAUUUGAAGCUCUACAGAUACCGCUACACACGGAAAAUUCAAAUUCCCUUCAAAUCCACCACGACACAUCAUUGUGUUGCAAGGUGUGUGGGAAACCCUGUAGACACAUGGGCCAUUUAAAUGCACAUGUGCGAAUGCACACGAAAGAGAAGCCAUUUCUCUGUGGCUUGUGUGGUAAGUCCUUUAGCUCGUCUGGGAGGUUGAAAGGCCACCAGAGGAUUCACACAGGGGAGAAGCCCUACCAGUGCCAUAUCUGUAGGAAACGUUUCAAUCAGACAGCGCACCUGAAGGUACACCUGAGAGUCCACACAGGGGAGAAACCAUUUAGUUGUCCCGUCUGUGGGAAAAGCUUCAGUCAAUCCAACAAGGUGAAAAGACACCUUGUGACACAUUCUAGAGAUGGUUCGUUCCUACCAGGCCUAUAACGGAGAUGUUUGUUUAAGGAAGUGAAAUGUACAUGAUGGGAGUUCCAAUUCUAUUUCAAAUCCAUUCUGGUGUAGGAAAUGUUAAGGCUACUGGUUUAUAAUGAGGAUUUUAAUAUGUCUUCCCAACCAUACAAUGCAUUCGAGAAGUAUUCAGACCCCUUCACUUUUUUCACAUUUUGUUACAUUACAGCUUUGUUCUAAAAUGGAUUAAAUACA